ACCCGGAAAGUGUGUUGUAGGAACCGCCCUGACGUCCCUGGGUUUUCCCGUUUGGAUAUUUCUUAUAAGUAUUGAGCACUUUGGAUCUCGCCAGUUGCGUGACGUCCCUCCUCUGAUCAACAGAUCAAGAUGCAGGUGCUAGUUAUCCUGCUCGUGUCCCUGGCGGCCACUGGACUGGCUCAGGUCGACAGCGCGCACCCCCCCCAGGGUCUCGGCAUUCCGGGAAUAGGAGAUUUCAUUCAGAAGUUCGCGCAGGAUCUCUCCUCGACGUCCCGGAAUGAGCCUCGCAACGCUGUCUUCUCGCCGUUUAGCAUCACGACCCUGCUGUCGAUGCUUCUGAUGGGUUCCUCCGGCUCGACCUACAACCAGCUCCGCUCCGCUCUUCGGUACCCGCCACAGGUGCCUGACAAUUUGAUUCAUGAAACGUACCGAAACCUCAUGCAGACCCUCAUCCAGGAUAACCCGGGGAUAAUCGUCAGCGUGGCCAAUAGGAUAUUUCUGAACCCCAACGCUGAUAUCCUGCUGGAGUACAGUGAUAAAGCGCUGCGGUUUUACGCGAGCGGUUUGGAGCAGCUCGACUUCUCCCACCCGAGUGCCGCGAGGAACGCCAUCAACGCGUGGGUGAACCAGAUGACUCGAGGCAAAAUCCCGAAGCUGCUGACCCACGUUAAUCCUCAGACGUCCGCGCUGGCCGUCAACACCGUCUACUUCAAGGGCGACUGGAAGAACCCCUUCGAUAAGAUGGGCACCUCCCGGGGCACUUUCAACACGGGCAAACGCAUUGUAAAUAUCCCUAUGAUGUCCACAGUCAUGAAGGUGUUGUACACUGACCUCCCUGCUUUGAACGCUGAGAUGAUAGGCUUGCCGUACAAGGGGGACCAGUUCGCGAUGUACUUCAUUGUACCAAAGGGACCCGCUUCCCUAACCUCGCUACACACUCUGGAGUCCCAGCUGGAUCCUCAUACCAUCAAUCGGUACAUCGGAAACAUGUCCCAAAUCCACAUGAACGUCUUCCUUCCCAGAAUGCGACUGAACUUCAAGACCGACCUUGCUGACACUCUCAAGCAACUUGGAGUCACCGAUCUCUUUAACCCCAGCCGAGCGGAUUUCAGCAACAUGGCAUCCAACAGAAUCUUCAUCGAUAAAGUCAUUCACGAGACGGUCAUCGACAUCACGGAGGCCACCAUAGUCCGCUUCGGUUCCUCGCGAGAAUUCUCCGUCAACCGGCCUUCUCUCCUCCUCCUCCGGGAACAGCAGACGGGAGUGCCUCUCUUCUGGGGCAGAAUCGUCGAACCUGAGCCCUUACAUUAGACUUACAAGGCGCCACCUAUGCUCAGUUGUUGAUUUUUUUUGUUGUUAUUGUAGAAAAUUUACAAAAUUUAAGGUCUUGCUGUUGCUUGUUUUUACUUGUUCGUGUCCACUCACCUUGAUUUCCUAUUAAUGGUGAGACUCAAAUCUUUCUGUUAUAAAUAUUGUCUGUCCCAUGUCAUUGUUAAACAUGUACAAGAAUAAACCAGUCGUCAACUUUA